UGUAGUUUGUAAAAUAUUUAUUUGUAAGUUGUUUCAAAUAUCAAUGAAUGUCAUUAACAUAGUACAUAUUACUAAUUUCAUAAUAAUAAUGUCAGUAAAAUAAACAAUAAUUCAAAUAUAUUUAUAUCAAUAUGUGAUUACUUAGUAGUCAAAAUUUCGGUGUACAGAAGAAUCGAUGAAAAUGAAUGAAAUGUGGGCCAAUAAUUCACUGACGUAUGGAUAAACGUUAGCACGGAUAACUAUUUACCAUAACUACUAUACGUUGACGUCAAAUAAGCUGGUGAUUUAGUUAUUACAUUUUGUCAAUGUAUGGUGCCAGUGUCUGUAAAAAAUAAACAAGCAACUAAUGUGAAGUAAGACAGGCAAAACAAUAAUAAAGACAAGAUCAUUGAGUGCAACAUGUUUUCCAUGCCGUUUUUGUCUGUACUAUUAGCAAGAAAAAAUACCUGAAUCAUUAUUUUGAAAAACGUAUGCUAGAUUGAUUUAAAUUUUGAUAAAUAUGGAUGUAAAAGCAUUAGAUGAUAAACCAUUGGAAGUAGUGUGGAAGAGGAAUCGCAGUAUUCGAACUCCGGCGAAAACGUUACCAGAAAUGAAAACCAUUAAUCUAGAAAGCCAAGGUAAAGAGAUAAAAAAUACAUCAAAAUUUAAAGCCGAAACGAGCAAAGGUAUAAGGUCAAAUAGAAUAAAAAAGAAAUUGUUUUCCUCUCCCAUGGUUAAAAAUAAAAACAGUAUAUUAAAAAAUGAGCGAAAUUCAGAAAUACCAAAUAAUAUGUUGACAUUACCUCCAGUCACACGUUCAAAGUCACCAAACAUUUUAGCUAAUUGCGACAAGUUGGUUAAAAAUCAUAUAUUUAUGCAACGUACCUCUGAAAAACCUAACAAUUUGACAGCAAACACUGAGGUUUGUUUAAAUACAAAACAAACAGACUUGAGUGCAAAGCAAAUUUGUAAUUCUAAAUCUCCCGUAUUGAUGUCAAAUCGAAAGCGGUUCACAGCAGAAAACGAGAAUAACAUAGACGACUUUGUACCACCUACGGCUUGCGGUCCGGAAAAAAAUCUUCAACUUGCAAAAAAAUCCAAACAUCUUAAUUCUAAGCUAACCAAUCUGAGGCUCGACGACUUUGUAGGGAAAAAAAGAAAAUUAAGCAAUACAAUCUCAGACAAAAUGGUUAAAUCGCCAAAAUUGUGUAGUAAUUUUAAAAAUUGCAAAUCAAACAAAUUAGAUAAUAUAGUAAAUAAAACAACAACAACAACCCAAGUCACGUGUAUGUCAAACCAAGCACACGACAAUACAGUUAUUGACAAUAUUCAGACGACACCGUGUUGUAUGAUAAAUGAACUGAAAACAGAAGACGGAGUUGAGCACACUAAAGAAGUUUUAGAAAAGAACACCGCAACGUGUGACGAUCAAGAAUUGCAGCAAAAUACAAUUGAUGGUUUUACAAGUUCAAAAUGUAAAAAAACAACAAGCUCCGACACGAGUUCUGAAACAAAUAUAAUUCCAGUGACUCAAAACGUGGACACAAAUAUCAAAACGACUAUAGAUUUUUCGCCAGUCACAAUGCCACCAUUGUAUGUUCCUUUUAUCGAAGUCGAUAAUUCACCGAGACACGAAGAACAAAACGUGUGUAUUCCACCGGACCAAUCGCCUAUUAUAUCUGAGCCAGAUGAUGUACCAUACUUGAUAUCAGAGCUAGAUACACCUGUAAAAUCCCACAAAAAUACAGAGUUGUUUUAUAAGAUUGAUUCGAUAGAAUCGCCUACUUCUAACACAGAAAUAAUUAGUUAUCAUACGCCAAAAAUGAAUAGCAAACACAUAAACAGCACAAAAAAUGAAAACUUAUCUCCUAGUUACUUCGACUCUGCAAAAAAACGUAAAAAAAUAUGCAAAACCGGUUUUAGAGGGAAAUUUCGUGAACUGUUGAAUCGUAAAAAAUCUGAAAUAUGCAUUCAAGAAUUCGAAAUGAAAAGCGAUCGACCUCGAAGACUUCCGGAUAAAGCUGCUGUCCUAUUGCAAGUGUUAGAAGUUUCGACGGAUUGCCAAAAAGUUGUGUUACUUUGCAAUCACUGUAAUUCCGAAUUCGAUGAUAAAAAAGUCGUUGUGAUUUUGGACAAUAAUUUUACAAGGAAAAUCCACAACAACAACGUUGUUUGUAUUUACCGACCGUGGUUAAAGUUUGAACCAACCGAAUUUGAUUUUACCGUGUAUUUGGGCGUUAUUCAUUUGGAAGUAGUCAAAAAACACGCAGAAGUCGGCCAUUCCGUUGAACAUAAUGAUUUUGAAUCUUCCUGUAAGUCGACUUUGUAUCAAAAGAAACUGUUAUGGGAAUGCCGUUGCCCUAAAGAUUGUGUGUGUAGCUGCUUGGGGGAACAAAGCGUUUAUAACUAUUUGCAAUAUAUUAUUCUUAGACGGCAGAAUUGUUAGCUAAAACAAGGUGAUUUAAAAUAAUUGUUAUCAAAUUUUACUGGGAUAACAUUAUUAUUAAUAUAUUAUCAUUAUACCAAAAAGUGGCUUAAUAACAAUUAUAAAUCUUAGUGU